CGUGCAGCGCGAUUGGCCAGUUUGAAGGGACGAUUGUUAGCGCCAUGGCGGCGCCUCCCGGGAGUGCCCUGAGGAGCCGGCGGCGGCAGAGCAGCACUCCCGCCAUAGAUGAAUGCGUUGCUGAAUUUAUUAAGAGGACCGUUCAGAAAAUGUCAAUGGCAGAGCUGAUGACAAUUUUAAGGGCUUGGGGAUUUUUAACAGAGAGAGAGCUCCAGUCAUUACCCACGAAGACCAGCAAGGAAAAUAUAGCACUGGAAGUGCUUCAUCUGUGUGAGGCAAAACAGGCUACACUAAAUCACGCGGCAGAUUUAGAUAUCAUCUAUAAUCACUCCAAUGGAAAAAAGAGGACUUGGGAUGUUUAUCAGAUGACUAAGCCAACAGAUUCUGAAAUGAAUCACAUUGAUGUGUCGGAAUUCAAAGUACGGUUCAAAAAGGCCAUCCACGCAGUUACGAAAAAUGUAACUAUCCACUUCAAAGAUUUUGGAGAAGCCAUGUGGAUCCGCUUAGCUUGGGGUCAAACUAGUAUGAAGCCCAAUCAGUACAAGCCUACCUUUGUUGUGUACCACACCCAGACACCUUAUGCCUUUUUUACGAAUCUUUCACGUACCUUCCGGCCUGUCUUGUGUCAAGCACUGUUAAGUGCUGCUAGAUACAGUCAGAUUCAGGAGAUGGACCUGAAAAGCCGAUGCUUGGAUUCUCUGAAAGACAUUGUGUUUAAGAGAUUUAAUCAGAAUUUACAAGCAUAUCAUCCAAGACCACUUCAAGAAAGAAACUAUACACCAGCCAUAGUGGAUUCAAGGGUGACUUAUGAAAACCUUAAAGAAAAAGAGAGGGUUCAUCAUCUGACUCGUGAAGCAUUCGGAGAUGGGCCUCUUCCAAAAUUAGAACACGCAUCGUAUAGGCUCGAAACAACAUUCAAAGGGGAACAAGGAAUUGCUGAAGAGAUUGAACCCUUUCGAUGUGUUGUCAAGUUCUCCAGCCCCAACCUCCUUGAGUCAAUCAGGUCACUGGCACCAUCAGGUGUUGCAGAGGCUCCUAUCUCAAGCCUAUUGACAUGUAUACCCCACAGAGCCAGAAAUCUGUUUAAAAUUUCGGAAAAGAAAGCAAUACAGCCCACCAGCAGCCAGGCCGCCAACUAGUGACU